AUGGUGAAGAAGUUCACUCCGGAUGACAUAAUAUCGCAGAAUUUAAUUAAAACUUCCGUUCAGAGGAAUAUCAAACUGAACAUUGUGAAGGAAUAUCCUCUUUUAAAGGACACCAUUGAUGUGAUUUUCCCUAAAAAAAUGCAGAUUUAUUUGGCAAAAUGCCAGGAACAUGUAAACUUAUUGCUGGUUGGAGGUGAAAUAAUGUUUAUCCAGCACAGGGAUGGUCCUUGGAUACCAUCUCUUCGUUUGGUACACAAAUGUAAUUUUCAUAUUUAUUUUUCAAACCCUGAUAUUCUUCCUAAGAUGCAGGUGGAUAGUGGCGCCAUUAAGUUUGUUUUGAGAGGAUCCAACAUAAUGUGCCCUGGACUAACAUCUGAGGGUGGUAAAAUGGAUGACGUUGAGGCUGAUACAGUUGUUCAAGUGACUGCUUCUGGGAGAUAUAACGCCUGUGCAGUUGGACUAACUACGAUGUCAACCAAGGAAAUUUUAGAAAAGAAUAAGGACGUUUGUAUUCAGACUGUCCACUAUUUGAACGAUGGAUACUGGCAAUUCAACGCUGAUAAGUAUGGCUACUCUCCCUAA